AUGUUUAAGGUAGAAGAACCUAUAUUAGAGAAAGUAUUGAAAACUUUCAAUAAAGACAAAGAAAGUGCAGAGGAUGAUAUCCGAACCAUUCAAAAGUGGGUCCGUGAACAGCCGCAUUUCUUGCAACCUUUAGAACGGAGAAGUGUGGCGAACUUUCUAAUUCUUAAUAAAUUUAGUAUCGAGAAAACUAAACAGAAAAUUGACAAUUAUUAUACAAACAGGACCAAGUUGCACGAAAUUUAUAAGGAAUUAAUGAAUCCUAAAUUUUCAUACGUGAAGGAAGUCAAUCGAAUAGCUUACUGCACUGCACAUCCGCAACUACUGAAUUACAAUAGAGUAUUUUUCUUUAAAAUUCGUAACCCAGAUUUAGUAGAAAAAUUAGACCAUUACGUUGUAUUGCGCUAUAUGAUGGCUUGUCAGGAAAUAAGAGUCAGAGAAGAUAUCAUGUACGGAGAUAUACACGUUUUUGACUGUUACAAGUAA